UUGGCAUUAACUCAAAAUGCAGUUUUGUGUAUGAUGUACUUGCUUGGCUUCCAUCUUGAAUGUCUUUGGUUUCGAUUACAGAUUAGAAAUUGCAGUUUAGUCAGGAAACCUUUGGACGGUUUGCUGUGGCUUUGUGCCCUUCAAGGCCUGUUUUGCUUGUCAAAUGAAGAUGUACAAAUUACUUUGUUAAUUUGCCCGGUGAUGGAGGUUUUUUAA